AUGUCGCUGCGAAUAAAAGGUCUCCAUUUUGCAUGGGGCUACCUGUUCAAGAUCCUGGUGUUCAACGGCCUUGCGGUGCUUCUGCCGUCUAUGGACAUACCCAUGUUCCUGAAAGAUCUGAAUAUCGAAGUCCCCAACGAUAUGCACCUUCUGUCCA